AUGGUGCUCCAAGGAGAGGCUGUGCAAGCUCUCAUCAAGGAGGCAAACAGACAAGGGCGUAGCAGGAGUAGUGCCAGCGACCCGCUGAGCAAGCUACGCGUCGACUGUGCAAAUCGACCCUUUCGUGACUGUGCAAGUCAUCUGGUGCCUGAACCGCAAUGGCUGGGUUCACCAUUCCUGAUCAAGACGCCCCGCCACCUGGGCCUGCUGAACAAGCGGCUGUGGAGACUACUGUGGUGGUACCCGGUACCGAAGAAACCGGAACUCCAGCUCCAGCAACCGCUGAGCAAGCUGCAGCUGGAGGAGGAUCUAUCCGUCGCCCUAGCACUCACGUUGUGA